CAAACGUUCACGAUUUUACGUCGAAUGCGCUCGUCCGUACGCGACGCGAGUUGAAGACGGAAAUUAUCCAGCACGAUUAACAAUCGCGACGUUUAAGGUAAACGUUCCAGUAAUUGAACGGGCAUUGCCUGCCCCAAUGUGAUGUGGAUCGGUUAUCGCGCAAGCGCGGCGCCGUAUUCAAAGUCUCGUUGCAUAUCACCUCAACGUGAGCGACACGCGAUGGCUAUCUGCGGCAUUCAGAUGCUCGUCCUGUUCCUCUUUACCGUUUUCAUCUCCUCUGCCUGCGACGCCGCCUCCGCGCACAUUCACACGCAUCAGCACAACAAAGUCGACAGCAAUGAGAGGAUGGAGGACGGGGCCUUCAGCCCCCGCGACGCUGAUCACUACGCGGAGGGAGAGCAUCAUCAGGAGUUUGACCACGAAGCUAUCCUAGGAAGCGUAAAGGAAGCAGAAGAAUUUGACAAACUUCCAAUAGGAGAAUCCAAAAGAAGAUUGGGAAUCUUAUUGACCAAGAUGGAUCUGAACAAUGACAAGUAUAUAGAGAGGAAUGAGUUGAAAGCUUGGAUCUUGCGUUCAUUUAGCAUGCUGUCUGCAGAGGAAUCUCAAGAUCGAUUGGACGAUGCUGACACAGAUGAGGAUGGCAAAGUAACUUGGGAUGAAGUCCUGCAGGAUAUUUAUGGCAAUAAUCCCGAGGACCUGGCUCAUGACGAUCUGAUCGAGGACGAUAAAGAAACGUUUGAAGCUGCUGAUAUGAACAAGGACGGUUAUUUGGAUUCAGAGGAAUUCAAGGCUUACACUCAUCCUGAAGAGACGCCUAGAAUGUUUCCGCUUUUAUUGAAGCAAGCCUUAGAGGAUAAAGAUGUAGAUAAGGAUGGUUACAUUAGCUUCCAGGAGUUUAUCGGUGACAGAGCCAAAUCAAAAGACAAAGAAUGGUUAUUAACUGAAAAAGACAAGUUCGAUUAUGAGCAUGACAAAAAUGGAGAUGGCAGACUCGAUUCUGACGAAAUUCUCUCUUGGCUUGUGCCGAGUAACGAGGAGAUAGCAAGCGACGAAGUAGAUCAUCUGUUUGCGGGUUCCGACGAUGAUCACGAUAAUAGGUUAUCGUUCGACGAGAUUUUAGAACACCACGACGCUUUCGUGGGUAGCGAAGCGACUGAUUAUGGUGAUCAUUUGCAGGAUAUUGACCGCUUCUCGGAUGAGCUCUGAGAAGUUGUUCUUGCUCAUUUGAUCUAAGAGUUAUGUGUUCGUAACUCAUUGAAAAUUUGCAUGGCAGACAACAUGAGAUUUAGCAUUUUUAACGCAUCUCAUUCAGUAUUUAUGUUUCGAUUUACCCGUUUGUGCAGCCCCGUUGGAAUAAAAAAUUCUAACACGGAAUCGAUGAAAAAUCUGCACACCUAUACACACACACACAUACACACACAUAAUAUAUAUAUAUAUAUAUAUAUAUAUAUAUAUAUAUAUAUAUAUAUAUGUGUGUGUGUGUGUGUGUGUUUAUAAUUCAUGAGUAUAUAGCGUCACAUAUAAAUCAUCGUCUUCCAAUUUUUACCAAACUCGAGUGCCAUAUUAGAAAACGCGCGGGAAAAAAAGAAAUAAAAAAAUUAGGACUAGAGAAACUUUUAUUUCUCGUUGCAAGUACAUAUAAUGUUAUUAAGUUUAUGUCUUAGCGACAAUGCCAUUAUUAUGCUGUACAUAUUGUUGUACUUUUAUUGCACACAAACAGCACAAUCUUUUUAGAUCUGCAAAGAGUUAAAUAACAAUUUCCAUAGUUGAUGUUAAACGAAUUUCAAGCUUCUUCCAAGCACUUUACCAAAUGUGUCCAUAAUUUAUAAAAUGAAUCUCGACGAAUAAUGUGCGCAUUGAUCGAUUUUUCUAAUAAAACAUUUUAACAAUUCCAAUAUA